UACAGGUCUUUUGGUAACGGUCUGUCGGCGCCCCAUACUGUAGCCUGACUGAUCUCGGCGCCAGUCCCACCUUCACCGCGAUACCGCAAACCACAAGCGACUACGUCAUCUAACAAACGCUCGCAGGCUACAACGCCCGUGCUUGCUCUUCCCGCAUACAUUGCCCAUCCCCUUCACCUUCAUAAACUUCUCAAGUACCGUCCUCGACGACAUCAAUUCAGCACCGACGUUACGAUACCCGACCACAUCACAAGUCCUCGAGUACUCCACAUCUCACCAUGUCAAAGGAUAUCUACUUCGAAGGCGACGCAGAAACCCUCCCCUUCAGCACCACCACCCCGAUCCCGACUCCCAAAGUCCAAAAGCCUGUUGACGAGCUCGACUUCAUCGACGUAAAACCCAACACAAUCUGGUAUCUCAGCAUCAUCCGACCACACAUCGAUUCCCACGAAAUCAUCGGCCCCGCCAAAGCAUUCCGCCACCUCCUCCCCCAAAUCGAAGACGUCGUCAGCAACUCACCCAACGCAAUUGACAAGCUUGCCCUCAUAAAAGAGAAGCCAAAUAACAAUUUCCUGUUUGCGGAAGACGACGAAGAUGAAGAGAGGGAGGUUGAUGAAGAAUUCUUGGAAAUGGGCUUCUGCACAUUCAUUGUGGAAGGUCAACGCGGCUCCUACACUAUCCUGAAGAUACAUCGCGAAAUCAACAAAGACGUCUUCGAUAUCCUGCCCGCGCCCGUCUACACCAUCAUCUCCGUUGGCCCCCUCGCCCAUGCCGAACGCCCAUCCACUACCUCCUUAUCCUCAAAAUUCACCGCUUCCAAGCCAAAAGGAUAUGCAGCCACAACCAAGCUUCACGCUUCCUACGUCGACCGCGCUGCCGCGAAGGAAGACGCACAACAUAUCUUCACCGUCUUACUCCUCGAUACGGAGAACGUGAAGCAGACUAAGAGAUGGGAGAGGGGGAGUAAAGGAGGAGGCAUCUUGAUCGGUAUGAAUGCGAGUAGUAUGUGGGAAGUCAAAGUUGUUUAUGUCGACGAUCCAAUUGGCAGGGCGCAGGAAGACGCUGACAGGGAGCAUGACGGGUUUGUUUUGUGAGGGUAUGAGGAGGCGGGGAGGUAUUCGGUGGGUUGGCGGUGGUCAUA